AUGAACAACCGUACAUUGGUGGUGAUGGAAUUCUUUCUCAUGGAAUUCUCCCACACCAGGGAGCUCCAGGUCUUGCAUGCCUCUCUGUUUUUGCUGAUUUACUUGGCAACUCUAAUGGGUAACCUUCUCAUUAUUGCUCUUGUCACCCUGGACCAGUGUCUUCACACCCCAAUGUACUUCUUCCUGAAGAACUUGUCCUUCUUUGAUCUUUGUCUCAUUUCCAUCAUUGUCCCAAAAUCUGUUCUGAACUCUCUUUCCAGCAAGAGCACCAUUUCUUUGCCAGGAUGUGUGCUGCAGGUAUUGUUGGUAAUUCACUUUGCUGGGGCUGAGGUGUUUAUCCUCACAGCUAUGUCCUAUGAUCGCUAUGUGGCCAUUUGUCACCCAUUGCACUAUGAGGUCAUCAUGAGCAGGGGAGUCUAUGUAUGUAUGACAGCUGCCUCCUGGUUCCUAGGAGGGUUCUUUGGCAGUUUAUAUUCAGCAGGCACAUUCUCCUUAUCUUUCUGUGGCUCCAGAAACCUCCCUCAAUUUUUCUGUGAUGUCCCCUCACUAUUAAAGAUUUCAUGUUCAAAAUCACAUAUAACUAUUAAUGUUAGUGUGGCAGUUGGAAUAUUUUAUGGUUUCUUUUGUUUACUUGCCAUUGUUUUUUCAUAUAUCUAUAUUUUCAAUACAGUAUUAAAUAUUCCAUCUGUACAAGGUCGGUCAAAGGCCUUCUCUACAUGUCUACCCCACCUCAUAGUUGUGACCACCUUUCUCUUGACAGGAGCCAUUGCUUAUUUGAAGCCAGUGCCAGAGUCUCCCUCUAUACUAGAUUUACUGGUUUCUGUGUUGUAUUCAGUGUUGCCUCCCACCAUGAACCCUAUUAUCUAUAGCCUAAGGAAUAAAGAAAUCAAGGGAGCUCUUAGAAAACUCCUGUGGAAACUUGGAGGCAAUCUGAAGUAG